UUCAAAUAAACUCGAACGUUAAAAAUUUUAUGUAUUUAUAUAUAUAUAUACAGAUAUAAAGUUUUUUUUUCACACAUUAUUGUUUGUGAAGAUUAAAAGCGGAAGAGCUUUCAUUUUGUUUAAUACUAUACUACUGUUCAAAAUUAAAUGGAACCAAAUCAAGGAGAUAAAAUUAGUUCUUUUAAAGGAGUGCAACCUUUUUCAGAAAAUUUAUUUUCACGCGAAAAACUACUUCAUGAAAUUCAACAUUUUUUUUAUGUAGCAAACAAGUCAACUUUAGUAUUAUAUGGAAUGUCGGGUGUUGGAAAGACACAAAUAGCAAGAAUGUUUUGCAAAAUUUAUUAUAACUUCUACAAAAACUUUGUUUGGAUUGACGCAGCAUUUGGAAAGUUACAAACCUCAAUGAGAAACCAAUGCCAAAUAUUAGGAUUCGAUGUUCAUGAUUCGAAAGGUGAUUAUUUAAAUAUGGAAGUGAUUGUUGAAAAACUUCACAAUUAUUAUAAAAAUGAAAAGACUUUGUAUAUUUUUGACAAUGUUGACGAUGAAAGUGUUAAAAACCUGACCAUAUACAUUUCAAAAAAACCGGAUUCAUUUACGUUGAUUACCUCACAAUGGAGAACGUGGUCGAAUAAUGUAAAUAAAAUGCUAGUCGAUGUUUUUACUUCAGAAGAAGCAUUCGCUUAUGUCAAAAAUAAUAUUAAAGAAAACCCCGAUGAAAACAUAAAAAACUUAAUAAAAGAACUUGGUUAUCAUCCGUUCGCUAUUACUCAGGCAAUAAAAUAUAUAAAUAUACAGAGAAUUUCGAUAGAAAAAUACGUAGAACGAUAUAGAUCAAAACCAUCAGAAAUAAUAGACAAUAACUUUCAAACCGAAGAAGAACCAAAGUCUGCAAUUAAAGCAAUUAACUUAGUUUUAAUGAAAUUAGAAAUAAGUAAACCUUUUCCAUUUAAACUAUUAAACUGUUUAUCUCAUUGCGACGGUAAAAACAUAAGUAAAGAGUUUAUAAUCCAAAUUUCAAAACAAAUGGAAAUAAACGAAGAAUAUGUAAUAGAUGAAGCCGUUGGGUUACUAAUGAGUUAUUCUUUACUAAACUGUUUUGAUGAUGAAAAAUAUUCAAUGCACGAACUGACACAGCUGACGUGUAGAUGUUUUCAAAAUAGAAAUUCAACUACAAAUACUGUACCUUAUAUUGACAAAAAUUUUUCUUUAAAAGCUGAAGAACUUCGUUUUUAA